AGAUGAGACAGUCGCCGACUAUUACUCGGCACGACCUAAGUUCGACCGACUUGGUAACCCAAUUCCAGACCGAAGACGGCCGAGCGCCAUGUCUGCGGUGUAUGGCAACGCCCAGAUCAGGCUACCGGGCGAUCUUGGUACAAGAGACCCUCGUAGGCCCCGCUCCCCAGCACCAUCUUCCCUGCCAGGAGAUUUGGGUCCUAAUGAUCCGCGUCGACCGCGCAGCCCAGCGCCUGCCGGCCAUCAACGCCAUGUUUCGCUUGAAGGUUCGGAAGGUGGCGUCAGACUGGAAGAGGACCCACCGAUUUCAGGUGCAGAUCGCGAAGAGCUGAAUCACAGCGACAACGAUGCGGAUGUGGAUAACGACAAUGACACCGACGUGGACGAUUCUGCGCGUGGCCGUGGUAGGGUACGACCAGAGCCAGGCCGGACAACCUCGGGGACAGAGUAAAUUCAGCGCCCAGCAGCGAGAUCCGAGGAUCAGAAUCAUACCACCGAGCGAGAAGAAGAGGGUCCAUCCGAGUACGGCCUUCGACAUGCCAGCGUCGGGCGCUAGUACCCCCGUCCACAGUGACGAUGAGACUCAGUCAGAGCUGAGAGCAGCGCAAAAGCUGACGUUGGCAAUGUCCGCGAUUCACAGCACACCUUCGGCGCAUCGUGUGAUACGGCAGAUCAUCAGAGGAGACUACGCUCACUUUCAAACCGAGGCGGAGGAGGGGAGGAAGCGGCAGAGGGUGUAUCUGGUGGCGACUGAUCUCUCGCCGGAGUCCGAAUACGCGCUGGAGUGGACAAUCGGCACGGUCCUGCUCUACGCCAUGGACGAGGAGUCUGCUAGCGCAGGCGGCACGGGCGAGGGCGGUGUCGAGAUCGGUCAUGGUGCGGACAGCAUUCGCGAUACCGCCGCUAUCGUCCAUGACCUACCCGCUAACAACAUCCCGCCGCCAUCACCGGGGCCGUCGCCGCUAUCGCGCAACAACGCCUCCUCCACUGCUGACAUACGAAGUCGGAGUCGAGGCGUCUACAGCUCUGCCGAAGUCGAGCGAAGACGGGUGGCAGAAGAAAUUACGCAGCGUUGCGUCCACCUCCUCCGCAAAACGCGGCUGCAAAUCCGCAUUGUGGUCGAAGUCUUCCACUGCAAGUCACCACGACAUAUGAUCACGGAAGUCAUUGACUUUCUCUCCCCGACUCUUGUCGUCAUUGGAAGCAGAGGCAUGAGCGCCAUGAAGGGUGUGCUUCUGGGCAGUUUCUCGAACUACCUGGUCACGAAAAGCUCGGUGCCGGUUAUGGUGGCGAGGAAGAAGCUAAGAAAGCACAGUAAGAGUGCCGUUAGAAGGAAUCGGGACGGUACUGUCGUCCCGUAUAGCGGCUCUGGCAGGACAGGACGGUUCAGCAAUGUCAUUGAAGCGCCCCGAAACCACGGUCUGAGAGUGCAAGGAUGGGAUAAGGUUGGUAUUGAUUGAUCGGUCGCUGAGCGUGGCUCGAAUUCGAACGUUGACAU